UUGUGGACGUUCAGCUGCCCAGAUGCCGGCCCAUGAGCCCUGCUGUUGUGGAUAGCGUGUACUGUGGGGGGGAGGAGGCGGAGGAGGGCGGGGGCGGCGAGGGCGGCGAGGGAGGGGAGAACGAGGAGAGAAGAGAGCGGAUGGAGGAGAGCGGUGGGGAGGGCGGGCCUGGGGAAGGGAUGGUGAGUGUUGGAGGAGGAAAUCCAGGUGGAAAGAGGAAGAGAGGGCAGGGGCGGGGAGGAGGGGAGGGUGGGGGUUUUGGCAGUAAGAGGAGUUGCGCUGAGCCUGCUGCUGCAGCAGGGGCUGGGUGUGACUGGGAGGGGGAGGUCACCGGGCAGGUGACAGAAACUUUUUACGGGUUCCACCUUGGGCACACCCCACCGUCCCCCUCCUCUCUCUUCCGCUCCUCUCCCACAGCAGCAGCCGCAGCAGCCAGUGUCACUCGUUCCGACACUCUCUUACCAGCAGCGCAAGCUGCUCAUGGCACAACCCCGUCUCCCCUCAACUCUGCUCCCAACUCGUCUCCCUCCACCCCUCUUCACCCCUCCCUCUCGUCCUCCUCCCCUGCCUCGUCCAACCUCCUCGCCCCUCUCCCACGCUCCCUCGCUCGCCAGAGGCCCGUUGCCUCUCUCUCGCCAAACCGGGACUGUUUUCCGGGCAGCUUCGAAGGAUUAGGGCAGUUUGAAGGGCAGGGAAUGCAAGACAAUUAG